CUUUACUAAUGGAUCCAAUGAAAGUUAAAACAGACAUUUAAUGAACAUUUUUAAAAGCAAAACCUUUUUCUGUUUACAAGUCUUGGUAAAGAAUGGAUGACUGGACCCAUGACUGAUUGGGAACUGCUGUAUAAACCAGGCACCUCAGCAAAAAGUCUACUGAGUAAAGAAGGUGUGACUGGGCACAUAACUAAAAAUAUAUGCAUAGAUAACACAGCUGCCUCUGUACAAAGGAACAAUAAUGUGAACAGCAAUGAUUUGUAUCCUGGAGAAAACAUUCCACAGACCUUGACGGAAAGUGGCGGUACUGACACAGUGUACAAUGGCAAAGUACCUAGAUUACUCUCAGGAACUGAUGAAGCAACCAUUACAUCUUACUCAUUGAUAGAGGAUGAUCAGGAAAAUGUCUCAGAUUCAGAGGAC